GACUGCUUUAGGCGGACAUGUGGACGUUGCCGCCUGGGGAUAGGCUUCACGCUGCAGUUGGGACAGCAGGCUAACCUGACGUCCCAUCCCUGGUUUGUCUCGGUGUGAAUUCUACUGGUACGUUCCAUGGAUUUGCGUUGUCAGUCUCCGCGAAUCAUCUCAUUGCACGUGUGGAUAUUACGGAAUUGAAGAAGACCACGCGUGCGCGCAAGCAGCGUUCACGGUUCAAUCGCCCAGGCAACGCGUUAAUUAACGUUCACGAUGGCGAUGGGGUGCACGCGCUCAGUGCAUGGGAUGAAUUCAGCUGUACUCUACGAGGAACCUGAAGAGCCUCGGCACGCUGGAUACCACAAGACAAGCUGCCAGGUGAUCGUAUUCGCCCGACCACAGCCACCGAGUGGUGCUGAUGACCACAUGGACGAGGAGGACAAGGCUGGGUCGACGAUGGCUCGCUGCUGGCAGCCGAGACCUGCGCGUCUCGUUGUGGACAUUAAUGGACUUCAGGUCGCACUCACAGUGGACAUGUCUUGCUGUAUCAUCAUGAUAUGUGUGAUACAGUACGAAUGCCUUUGCUCGCUGAGCUACGCGGGCCCUGGAACUCAACAGGGCGCAGCAGAAGUCGGCGGCAUAGAUGCUUACGGGACUGGCGAGGGACAUGCAUCAUCAGUAUCUUACCCGUAUACGAGUGGAGGAUUGGUACAUGCAAUGCCGCUAUCGGCGCUCACCCAGGUGUUCAGUGGAGAGCGGGACCGGCUGCAAGUACCGCGCUGUGCAAUGCUGCACAUCCAUGCAUUGACUGUCAAGUCGAUGAUGACCUACUUCUGCCAAUUCGUACUUAGAGCAAGGGGCGGAGUCCGUGUCAUGUGACACCUUGUUCAACAGCUCCCUCGACGCUCUCCGAAUCCCAUCUUGCUCCCGACGCCAUACAUACUUAGUCUCAUACUACUCACCGCUCGUGCUACUGACUUUGAUACGAAGCACGGAGCCCUCCGCAGGCGACGAUCGGGCAGCAUCCGCGUCCAGGCGCGUCUUC